GAAUUAGUCACGGCAGAGUAUCCCCGAUGCGCGGCCGGAUGCUCAGCUCGCACUCGCGAUGUUAUUUUGGAACAAAACAGCCCACUUUUACAAAUGAAAUUCGUUUAAAGACACAUACAAAUGAUAGUGUGAAAUUUGUGCAGUGCAGUUGAUAUCAAAAUGUAAACAGUCCGGAUGUGUGAUCAAUGUUUAUUGGACGCUGUUGGUGAGAUAAGCGAGAGUGUAAACAGACAGAGAACCGUGUUUCUAGAGCAACGAAACGAAAGUUGAAAUUUUGAUUACGAUCUGAAACAAAAGAACUCGAUAUGUCGGCGACGAGGGGUCUUGUGCUCCUGUGCCUAGUCGGCGUGGCGUGGUGCCAGCGGGCCGAGCAGCUGCUGGCGCAGAACCCCUGCUCGAGUAAAACUACAUGUAGCGACUGCAUGCGGACGCCGACGUGCGCGUGGUGCUUCCAGCCCAGCUUCAAGGAGCCGCGAUGCUUCAACCCGGCCAUGGAGGGCGGCACCGGCGGCUGCGACGAGGCCUACAUCUUCAAUCCCGACAAUCAGCGGUCCAUCGAUCCGAUGUACAAUAGAGAGCUCAGUCGAGCGCACGGCCGCGGCAUGAGCGCGUCAUCAUACGAGGAGUCUCAGAGCAGCAUGAGCGGCAGCUUCGGGGCCGGGGGCGCGGCGGGGGCUGCGGGGGCCGCGGGGGGACUCGUGCAGGUCAAGCCGCAGAGGGUCAAGCUGCAACUGCGCAUGAACCAGAUGCAGAAACUAGACGUCGCCUAUUCCCAAGCCCAAGACUACCCGGUGGACCUGUACUACUUGAUGGACCUGAGUCGCUCCAUGAAGAACGACAAGGAGAAGCUGAGUACAUUGGGCAGUCUGCUGUCCAGUACCAUGAGGAAUAUCACGUCAAAUUUCCGCCUUGGGUUCGGCUCCUUCGUAGACAAGCUUGUGAUGCCCUACGUGUCUACUGUGCCUAAGAAUUUGAUAUCUCCUUGUGAUGGCUGCGCGGCCCCCUACGGGUUCAAGAACCAGAUGGCCCUCAGCAUGGACACUGAAACCUUUGACGACGCGGUAGCGCGCGCCGACGUAUCCGGCAACCUGGACGCGCCGGAGGGCGGGUUCGACGCCAUCAUGCAGGCCAUCGUGUGCAAGCAGCAGAUCGGCUGGCGCGACCAGGUGCGCCGUCUGCUCGUGUUCUCCACGGACGCCGGGUUCCACUACGCCGGGGAUGGGAAGCUCGGUGGCAUCGUGCAACCCAACGACGGCGAGUGCCACAUGGAGGACGACAGCUACACGCACUCCACGCUGCAGGACUACCCCAGCAUCUCGCAGAUCAACCUCAAGGCCCGCGAGCACUCGAUCAACGUGAUAUUCGCGGUGACGAAGGAGCAGAUCUCCGUGUACGAGGAGCUGAGCAAGCACAUCGAGGGCUCCAGCUCCGGCGUGCUCAGCGAGGACUCCAGCAACGUCGUCGACCUGGUCCGGGACCAGUACAACAAAAUCUCGUCUUCCGUGGAAAUGAAGGACAACUCGUCGAACGCCGUGCAGAUCGUGUACUACUCGUCGUGCCUCGGCGACAAGAACAACGUCAUACAGACCAACAAGUGCGACGGACUCAAGGUAGGCGACGUGGUCCAGUUCACGGCGGAGAUCACGCUGAAGGAGUGCCCGGCGGACCCGCGCGAGUGGCGGCAGCAGUUCCAGAUCCACCCCGUCGGCAUCUCCGAGAGCCUGCUCGUCGAGCUCGACAUGCUGUGCGACUGUCCGUGUGAACAUAAGGGGCACCAUGCGUACGACGACAGCCCAUCAGUGUGCAACGGCUUCGGCAUAUCCGCGUGCGGCGUGUGCCUGUGCGACCCGGGCCGCUUCGGCAAGGCGUGCGAGUGUUCGGCGCAGGGCGGCGGCGCCUCGGCCGAGCAGGAGCGAGGCUGUCGACCGCUAAACUCUACUACUGGACCGCUGUGCUCUAAUAGAGGAACGUGUUUUUGUGGACAGUGCGAGUGCAAUAAGAUGGAUGACCCUAGUAUGGUGAUCUCAGGCCCGUACUGCGAGUGCGACAACUUCACGUGCGACAUGAACAAGGGCCUGAUGUGCUCGGGGCCGGACCACGGGCUGUGCGCGUGCGGCAAGUGCGAGUGCACGGACGAGUACUCGGGGCCCGCGUGCCAGUGCCUCAAGAGCCAGGAGCCGUGCCGGUCGCCAGAAAACGGCAAGAUUUGCAACGGAAACGGCAAGUGCGUAUGCGGUAAAUGUGUGUGCAACGUCAACGAUGACCAGAAGUACUCCGGAACCUUCUGUGAGAAGUGCCCGGCUUGCACCGGCAAAUGCAAGGAGUACAAGGACUGCGUGCUGUGCGAGGUUCACAAGCGCGGGCCGAUGUUCGACAUGGAGGCGCCGCCGGGGCUCGAGUGCGGAAACUGCUCGUUGAAUCCCGUCAUUGAAGAGGGGAAGAUUGAAGCGAACGAGACGCGCGGCGAGUACCUGUGCAGUUUCUACGACGACGAGGACUGUCUGUACGUGUACGUGUACUCCUACUCGUACACGCAACACCUGAAUGUGCGAGCGCAGAAGGACCGGGACUGCCCGCCUAAGGUGUUCAUCCUGGGCAUCGUGCUGGGCGUGAUCGCGGCGAUCGUGCUGGUGGGGCUGGCGCUGCUGAUGCUGUGGAAGAUGGUGACCACCAUCCACGACCGCCGCGAGUUCGCGCGCUUCGAGAAGGAACGCAUGAUGGCCAAGUGGGACACGGGUGAAAAUCCGAUCUACAAGCAGGCGACGUCCACAUUCAAGAACCCGACGUACGCUGGCAAGUAAACUAGUAAAGUAAUAGACAAAUGUAGUGAUAACUGACUUGAAAUCUCACAGCUAAUUUGACAGAAAUUACUCGAAAUCUCGCCUACGACAUUUUUGUUAUCAGUAUUUUAAAAUUUCGAAAUUUGUAGAAUUUUUAUACGUAUAAGUAACGAAGUAAUACGUCUUCGUACGAAAAGUAUUUGCCUUUUAACGUGCCUUCGAAGGUGACUUAGAAAAUCAGAUAGUCUACAGAGAAAAGCCGCCUGCCACCAUCUCUUAAUAACUGAAAACUGAUUCAAGAAAGCUGUCGAAUUCGUACAAGUUUCUGCGUACAAAUAACAUAAGUAUUUACAAUAAUGGUGGUACGGUGGCAAGUAUAAUUUAUAGAUAAGUUAGACUUUCAAUGUUGGUGUUUGUGUACUUAUGUGUGAGUGUGUGUUGUGGAUGUGUACUUAUUGUAGUUUAUGGAGGACAUCAACCGUUACUAAACGAAUGUAAUACAAAUUAUUAAUUAUGAUUAUGUUUUGGAUGCUUCAGUAAAUAAUCAUUAGUAUUGUGUGCCUACGUUAUAUGAAAUGAAAUAAAUAACUUUUAUAAUAUAUUAUAUCGGAAAUAAUUUGUGAACGACGAAACGAGUUGCGGUAAAGAAAAUUUUAUAAUGUAACUAUCAUAUUAAGCCGAAAUUAUGUUUAUUUACUGACGAGAAUAUAAUUACAAAUUGAUAUAUAAAUAUCACUAUUAUCAAAAUAAUGUGUAACCGUGAAAAUAUAAUUAGGUACUAAUGCCUAGCAAUGUUGUAAGAGGCUCUCACUGCCAAAACUCUAUAGGUAUAUUGAUAUUAAUUGUAUUCGAGUUCCGACAACAGCUUCGACAUAGUGCCUUAAAACAGUAAUAAAUUGUGCCAUUACUAAUAUAUAAAUAUACUAAAAGUGGUUGUUUAUUUAUUUUAAGAAAUUUAAUAAUUCUUAAUGACUAAGAUUUUAGAUUUUAUAUUUUAUUAAUUUUUAAGUGUACGUUUUCUAAUCAUCUUAUUUUAUUUUCUCUUUCGAAAUAUUUUAUCUUUUGUAAAUGCAUUUAGUUACUGUGCAGGCAAUUUUUAUACUACGUUCUUCAGAUACAGGUCUUUCUCAUUUUUAGUAACUUUGUUUGUACAUAUAAUUAUAAUUAAGUAUUGCGAUAAAAUAGCACAUGUGGCCUGUAAUCGUAGCUAAUAAAAUAAAAUUAACCCUAAA